GCACCUGCCAAUAGCCUCCGGGCGCAGAACCCAGACUUUGCAUGGAGCACAUGAGUCAUGACGGCAGCAUCAAUGUCAAUGUCAUGCUCGGACUCGGAGUCGGAGUCGAUUCCCAGCUGAGCUCUUUGGCAAAACAAGAUACCUAUUAGUCUUUAUUUAACUGUAGGGUGUGUACUUGGCCGUGCCCUGCCCUUCUGAGGCAGGUUUCUCUUCCUAAUUCAGCUUGUCAGCUGCGUCAAGCUUGUCUGCAGACACCAGGGCAGCCUCGGUAGCUUUCUCCCAGCGGCUCAGCGUUCCAGAAGCUGCACAAUUACUGUUGCUAAAAGUCUCUUUCGGAAAUUGUCAGAAUGUCAGACGCUGGACCCAGCAACUCCAGGACUUAUGAGGUGGUGCAGCGUGCUCUGACGCAACGCCAAUUUCAUGAUCUUGCCUGCAUCUUAGAUGCCUUAGAACUUGAGGUUGCAGGCAGUGCAUUGGAUGCAGACUGGCCUUAUGUGCUGCAUUUGCUGGGGCAUGUCAUCCUGCAAGACCUGAAUUCUGCGCGCUUCUUAUGGAAGCGCAUUCCUCAAUCUAUGAAGCUCAGCAAUCCUGAACUACAAGCGGCGUGGCGAAUAGUGCAAGCUCUUUGGCAGCAUGAUCGGCCAGAGGUACACAGAGCACUGAAAGGGUAUGCUUGGACCCAGCCUGCCCAAGGGCUUGUAACAGCAAUUGGCGAAGAGUUUGGGAUGCAGAUGUUCAAGCUUCUUUCGACCUCAUAUUCUUCCAUGUACGUCGACGAGGCAGCGCGCAUUCUUGGAGUCACAACUGCGGAGACAAUUGCCUUAGCUUUGCAGAGGGGAUGGUCCGUUGACCCUACUUCCAAAAUUCUGACAACGACCAAGUCACGUGAACGUCCAGAGCAAAAGACGGAUGUAAGCCACUUGCAAAACCUCACAGACUAUGUUUUCCAGCUUGAGCAGUAGUACAUGCACGCGUACUUGAGAUUCAAGUUCUUCUGGAAUUAGAUUGAGCAGAAAUAUUUGACGAACAACGAUACAUGGAUGUAGAGUACUUAGGACGGGAUCUUAGGUCAUGGGCCAGCUUUACAAGCUUGGUUGGGUAAUACAUGCAUGCUUUAGGUUUGCCAGCUCUUGCGUAUCUGGAUAGCACCUGAGGAUUCCGGCAUAGAGUUUUCCAGAGGAUGAGGUUGUUGCACAAGAAGUCAUUGCCCUUGGUAUUCUUUACUUUUGCAUUAGUAGUGGAAGAGUCCGUGGUCAAGUACCACCGUCUGCCAAGCUUGUCAUGGAUCGUCAUGGAUUGGCAGGCCAAGUUGUCGACGUUGAGUUCAACUCGUAGAAUCCUUUAGCAUGG